AUGCUCAAGAAGCUCCGAAUGCUUAGCCUGACGAGGAACAAUCUGACAGGGAGCAUCCCGUUGGAGAUUGGAAACAUGACAGAACUGCAGUCCAUGGGAUCUGAGGGUAACUAUUUGGAUGGGCAGCUACCAGGCACCAUCUCUCAUUUGAGGAAACUCAAGGAGUUGUUUCUGUUUGGAAAUCUGCUCAGCGGCCACAUCGUCCCCGGACUUGGGAAUAGCAGCCUUCUGCAUAGGGUCGACAUUUCAGAUAACAACUUUUCUGGGCUGUUCCCGGCGUCCAUUUGCGCAAGAGGAGCGCUGCGUACUCUCAGUGCUAGGUACAACGGAUUUUCUGGCAUCCACCACCAAGCCUUCCGAAACUGCACAACCCUGCGGUUUAUUGAUUUCACGGCAAACAACAUUGUUGCAGACCUAAGGGGUUGCAUGGGCGAGCAUCUAGGACAGCUUCACUAUAUGGCUUUCAGUCAAAACCAGUUGUAUGGCACCCUUCUGACAGACCGGGGCGAGGUAUUCUUCUGUAACUAUACUAAUUUCAGAAUCGUAGACCUAUCAGACAAUGCCUUGCAUGGAGGUCUCUCCAAGUGUUUUUGGGGCAUGCCAAGUUUGACAUUCAUAGAUCUGAGCAGCAACUCUUUGAGUGGUGUAGUUCCGUCAUCAGGGACAUGUGGAGAUAAUCUUCGCUAUCUACACCUAGCCAAUAACCAUUUCAUAGGAACCUUUCCUUUGGAUCUUGAGAAAUGUAAAAACCUGAUCACUCUAGACCUUGGAGGCAAUAAUUUCUCAGGUACAAUACCAUCUUGGAUAAGCAGCAGCUUACCUGGACUCAAAUUUCUUCGUCUGUCAUCAAACAUGUUUGAAGGUGUCAUACCCCUCCAGAUUUCACACUUUAACAAUCUCCAGAUAUUGGACUUGUCCAGAAACAAGCUCACUGGACCUGUUCCAGAUGAUUUUACGAAUUAUACUGGCAUGACACAUGUCCGUAAAUAUGUUGAGGACUAUAUAAAUACUGGCUAUGAUCUGUAUGCAUCGCGAAUUCCAAUAGUCUGGAAGAAUGUCGAGCAUGAUUACUCUCUGUUGAUAGCAGGCAUGGCCGGUAUCGACUUAUCUGGAAACUCUCUAUCACAGGAGAUCCCAAAUGGGCUCACAACCCUUGUUGGACUCAGGUACCUGAACUUAUCAGGAAAUCAUCUGUCAGGUUGUAUUCCGGAAGACAUUGGCGAUAUGGUACUGCUAGAAGCCUUGGACCUUUCUCGGAACCAACUCUCGGGGAAAAUUCCUCAAAGCCUGGCAACUUUAAAGAGCAUCAGCGUGCUGAACUUCUCGAGCAAUAGUUUGUCAGGGAGGAUACCUACAGGCGAUCAGCUACGGACACUCACAAAUCGGUCCAUAUACAGUAAUAAUCCUGGGCUAUGCGGAUUUCCGUUGGAAGACUGCAUAAACUCCUCAACACCGGCGCAAACUGAAAAAGCCUGGAUGAAGAUAGAGAGGCAUUGUGGUUGUAUUGCUUCGUGGCUGCUGGGUUCAUCUUCGGGUUCUGGCUCUACUGGGGCAUCUUCAUGUUUCGCAGCGAGACCUGGAGGUGUGCAUUUUACCAGUAUGUGGACAACAUGCAAGCCAAGGUGA